GACCGGGCGGGUCCUCCCCGCGGUGGCCUCGCAGUCUCAGCCGAGGCGGUGGGGAGCAGGUCAACCCGGUCACCGCGGGUGGAACGGAAAGUGGGCGGGGCUCUCGGAGGUGGUGUCCCCGGGGCGGGGCGCGCGUAGUUCGCAGUCCGGUGCGCACUCUGGCUGGAGCCCGUCGGAGCUUUACACUCGGUCCCGAGAUGACGGCGAGCAAGCGGGUGGCGAAGGAGCUGGAGGACCUUCAGAAGGGGCUCCCCAGGUACCUGCGGAACCUGUUCAGCGACGAUGCCGACGUGCUGGUGUGGCACGCUCUCCUCCUGCCUGAGAAACCGCCCUACAACCUCAAGGCCUUCAACCUGCGCAUCAGCUUCCCUGAUGAGUAUCCAUUCAAGCCUCCGGCAGUGACGUUCACAACCAGGAUCUACCAUCCCAACGUGGACAGCAGCGGGCGGGUGUGCCUGCCCAUCAUCAGCAAGGAGAACUGGAAGCCUUUCACCAAGACCUGCCAAGGCUUGGAGCCAAGGCAAGGCAGCUGCAGGAGGACAAUGACCCGGCCCCACAGGCCGGGGACACCUGGUCAGGGCCGAGCCACGUGCCCUUCUGAUGUUCACCGAGAGCUCUCAGCCCCGACUAGGAGCUUCACUUUCCAAUCCUGGUUCAUCACCAUUAAAGGUGCUUCUGAGCCCAGAGCAGGACUGGUGCUCCCGACGCCCUCAGCCCCCCACCCCAGGGCACUCCCCCCAUCCCUUGGCAGGAUGAACUGGAAGGGAUCUUCUCUAGCAUCAAGUCUGGUGGAUUUCAAACAGCAUCCUUGGUGCCCUAGGGCCCUAUAGACAUGCUUCAGGGACCAUCUUGGGAAGCAGGGUUGGGCGCUGAGCUGGAGUGCUGCAGGAACCCCUCCCAACCUAAAAAGGCCUCCCUAAAAUCUGUUUAAUAUGUUGGGCAUUCAUUUAAUAUUUUGCUUGAGGAAUGUGUCAGGGGGGAAACAAACAUAUGAAAAGCACAGAUCAAUAUCAGCCAUCUCGUUUUGCCGAUGGGGACACGCAGGCCCAGAAAGGGGAAGAUUGCUGCCCAGGCUUCCCUGCAGGCUGGUGGCCAGGCCUGGACUAGACCAGAGGGCUCAGCCUCCUGGACCAAGGUGCUACCGACACCCCCAGUGACUUAUUCCCUGCCCCCGGGCUUUAGAAAUGCACUGGGCGGGCCUCAGAGCUGUCUGCAUGGACUACACCCUAUGCAUAGUCCUGUCUCUACCAGGCGGCUCAGAAGCCCCUCCCAGGUGGGAAAGGACGGGUGCUCCAGGCGUGAGCUCCUUGGGAGCCCCAAGGCCAUCAGGUCAUGUCUCUCCGGUGGGUGGAGAUGGAGGCCUUUGGCUGAGUCUGGUGUCGGUGCUUUGGUGGUGGGAGUGCCUCCUCCUCCCCCGCCACCUGGCAGCCAUGUCUUGGUCUCUUAGGUUCUUCCUUGGGCCACACUGCUCCUCACACCCCUCCUGCCUGUCUAGUUCACCCCUGUCUCCAUCCCUCCACCACCCCGGCAUCCAGCUGUGUGAACCCCAGCAAUAAAUCCCCUCCAGGUCCCACACUGAAUAAUAAUUAUCAUAACAACUGUGAUAUCAUUCGUUAUAACACAGGAGCUAAGAUUUUUUUUUUUUGAAGUGUUUGCCAUGGGUUAGGCACUGUUUAUAGGGACUUUACUUAAUUAUUUACUUAAUUCUCACCAUAGCCCUGCCAAAUAGGAAAUGUCAUGCCCAUUUUAAAGAUCAGAAUAUGGAGGCUCAGAGAGGUGAAGGAGCCUGUCCAAGAUCACACAGCUAACAAAUGGCAGAGUCAGAAUCUGGCCCUAAAUCUCAGCAACCACCCUGUCUGCCCCUCCUCUACCCCUUACCCUGCCUGCAUUUUCUUCACGGCACCUGUUCCCUCACAUUAUAUUUCACACGUAUGUGUGUUUAUGAUCUGUCUCUCCCUUUAGAAUGUGAGUCAUAGGCACGCAGGGAUUUUGCAAGUUUCACCCACUGCUAUGUCCUAAAACAGUUCCCAGCAAUCAAAAAAUAUCUGUUGGGGACUUCCCUGGU